AUGGAGCAUCUGCAAGAAGAAAGGCCUUUGAAUUAUCAAAAGAUGGGAUAUGGCGAUGUUACAGAGGAUACGAAUGAAUAUGUAACGGCGCGGUGGGGACAAAAUCCGAACAGCAGAAUCAAGACCAACGAAGAGCCAUAUGAAACAUACCCCAAAUUUACCAGAAACACAUAUCUUAUUCCCCUAUUGACUGAAGAUAAAGUUAACUCGCUUAUUGAGCGACCAUCGCUGACGAAUGCCGAGGAAGCGCGGAAGGGGUAG